CCUCCCUCUCCCUAUUUAUCCCUCCCCGCAGCUGAAGCUGAAUCACCUCGGUCCAACCAAGCAGCGGGUUCCCAACCGCCAUGGCCCGGCUCCUCGUCACCUGCUGGUUGGUGGCCCUGCUCCUCAGCACCUGGACCGACGGCGCCUUCUCCAAGAAGGGCAAAACCAAACCCAGCGGGGGCGGCUGGGGCACCGGGAGCCACCGCCAGCCCAGCUACCCCCGCCAGCCCGGCUACCCCCAAAACCCUGGCUACCCCCACAACCCGGGGUACCCCCAUAAUCCCGGCUAUCCCCACAACCCAGGAUACCCUCACAACCCAGGAUACCCCCACAACCCGGGCUGGGGACAAGGUUACAACCCCUCCAGCGGAGGAAGCUACCACAACCAAAAACCUUGGAAGCCUCCUAAAUCCAAGACCAACCUGAAGCACGUGGCUGGGGCAGCUGCAGCGGGGGCUGUUGUUGGGGGGCUGGGGGGCUACGCCAUGGGCCGUGUCAUGUCGGGGAUGCACUAUCACUUCGACAGCCCCGACGAGCGCCGGUGGUGGGACGACAACAGGGCUCGUUACCCCAACCAGGUGUAUUACCGGGAUUACGGCGGCUCCGUCCCGCAGGACGUCUUCGUCGCCGACUGCUUCAACAUCACGGUGACCGAGUACAACAUCGGCCCUGCUGCCAAGAAGAACACCUCAGAGGCUGCUCCAGAGGCCAGCCAGCCAGAGACCGAGAUGGAGACCAAGGUGGUGACCAAGGUGAUCAGGGAGAUGUGUGUCCAGCAGUACCGGGAGUACGAGCGGUACCAGUUUUCCUCCGGCAUCCGGCUCCGCGUGGCCAGCGCCUCCCUCGCCACCCUCCUCCUCCUCCUCUUUGCCAUGCACUGAUGCUUCCAGCUGGCACCUGCAUCCCCACGGGGACCCCCCACUUCCGUCCUGGGGGUCUCUCACCCCACUGUGUUCUUGCUUGCCGUUGUGUUUGGUGAAGAGCCCUUGGGCCAACUGGGCACCUUACCUGUCGCCUCCGGUUUCGGCGACGGGGUGAAAACGUCCUUCUCCACCCCAAGCUGGAUGCCCAAAAAAUACAGAGGAGCUUCACCACCUCUUCCUCGGGGGCAACCCUGAGAGGGACCAGGCAGAGAGGAAGGGGCUCCCCUGCUCCUUGGCAUCCCUGCAAGAGCAUUUCCAAAAAACCCUCUUUGCUAAACAAGGAGGGUUUUCCCUCAUCCCCCUCCAUCCCUCUGCCCCCUCUCCCCCCAAAAAAACCCCACAAAACCUUUUCCUGGGACAUUCCGUGGAUACUUGGAUUCCCCACAGGGGUUUUUGGAUGCUCACAUUUGGCUUUCCCAAGCCUCCCCCCAAAUCUGCCAGGUUGCAAUUUUCACCCUUUCAUCCAAAAAACCCCACCUGCCCUGCUGUACAUAGGGACCUGCCCGCGCUGCACCUCUCACCCUGUGACCACCCCCUGCAGCAACACACACAAAGUGAUUUUGAUAGUUUAUUUUCCCCUGGCAGCCAAACCAAAGCCCCAGCUGGGUCUUGGUUGACUCCCCCUUACAUGCUGCUUUGCUUUUCAGCUCAGCCUUGCUGUCCUCCUUAGCCUGCCCAAAGGCAAAAAGUACUGCUGAAUGCCCCCCCCAAAACCCCAAAAUAGUAAAAGUGGAGAUGUCACAGCUGGAAAAAAGGCUGGUUUGGAUGCUCUCUAGGUGAGAAGUGACACAUUUGACCAGCUUGACCUAAAGGAUGUUAAAAUACAACAAAAAGGAGGGUGUGUGUGUGGGGGGGGUCAAGCACCUAGCACGAGGCUUAAAUGAGCGAAACCAGAUGGUUACAACAAACAGCACCAGGGAAACUGAGCCUGAGGGAUGGGAGAUGCUUCAAAAAAACCCACCUUUUUGCCAGAAACGUGUGGAAUUCCUGCUUCUCCUGCUUGGGGCUGUGCUGGGUGGUGGAAAACCUGGAACAUCUGUCAAGUCUCUGGCGUCCAACCGCUCUCCCCGCGUCCCGUUUCUCAUGUAUUUUAUCUUUGAUUGUUUUUUUUCUUUGCAAGGCACUGAAUGACACCCUCCUGAACAGGGUAGUUUUUAUUUUUGCCUCGGUGUAAGCUCAGUGAAAAAAUAUAUAGAUUAAAAAUAUAUUUAAAAAUAAGAGAGAGACUUGGAGGAUGUGGAGGGGACAAGCAGGGCACCUUCGUAACGCGGAUGGUUUGUAAACCCGUCACGGUGCAUGCCCCAGAAUUUGCCAUCCUGAGACUUAUUUUCUAAGUGUUCAAUGUCUGGUACAAAUUAAAAAAAUGGUCAAGCCAA